AUGGCAACUUGUGAAGAAGAGUCAUGCUCGAAUUUUCAAUCGGUUAUAUGUCUUCAUUGUAUGGGACGUUUAUGCAUCGAUCAUAUGGGAGUACACCAGACGACUCUUUUCAACAAAAUUCAGCAAGUCAAAGACGAAGUGAAUGAAGUGAGCACGGUCUUAGUGAAUGCAUCAAAUGCCAUAACCGAAGAACGUACGAAAGAGGAGAAAAAAUGGAAGAAAUGGCGUUCAGAAAAGAUCGCGGAUAUUGAACAACUUGAAUUGGAAUUAAAUCAACGAUUGAAAGAUCAAGUACAACAACCAUUGGAGGAAAUGUUGUCGAAAAAGAGUGUUAAUCGUCAAUUACUUGAUACGAUCCAAACCACUCUUGACAAGAUCAAAAAAGACAGUGAUUCUCUCAAAUGGAAAGACGAUCAAGUGAAGACUGGAAACGAAAUCAAGGUUAACAAACAAGCCAAAAAUGAGCAACAGUCUAGUGAAAACUCCGCUACUACUACUACCACCACGAAUACAACGCCGACUACGGUAAAAGUCAAGGCCUGGAAACCACGUAAUUAUUUCUUCACUUUGUUUCGAGAUAUCGGUAAAGAGAGUCAUACUAGAAUCAAUCAGUAUAUUCAGACUGAAAUGAAGAAUGAGGAUAGUAUGGAACAGUAUGGUCUUAUAACACUAGUGUAUUCAUAUCUGACAACCUGGCAUCAAACAAAAGCAAAACAUGAGAGAUAUGCCGAGUUAAUUUUGAAAAAGCAUAUCACGACUAUCAAACAGUAUAUUAAUGGAAAUCAAUGCCAACGAAAGGUUCUUAUUGCUAUGCAAUUCUUCGACGAUUUUCUCAAAAAGAAAGACUCUUCACAUGCUGAUAUGAUGAAUAUGCUUUUAUAUUUCUUUUCGACGCAUCAAUGUAUUUCUUUAUCUGAUGUAAUUGAUUGGUAUCAAAACGAUACCUUUGUCGAUCUAAUCUUAAAACAGAAGGUAAACAAAGAAUGGGCAGAACCAUUUUUUAAACAAAAUGCGCACCGAACUGUACUCACAGAGGUCACAAGUGUCAGUUCAACUUCAUCAACAAGUAAUCUAAACGAAGAAGAAAAUAAUCUAUCAGUUACAAAAACUCGUGAAAACGUUCGUAUGCGUAAGCCAUUCAAAAAAUUAGUUAAAUUCUUCAAAGACAUAUCGCUUACAAACGAUCAAGCUAUUCAUAAAUAUGUUCAAAUGCAAUAUAGUACUUGGAAUGACUCUUCGUCAGAAAAAAACACAUCGUUGCUGCUGAAGAAGAUCUCGGCUAUCAAACAUUAUCAAUCAGAUAAAAAUUUUCAAGCGCAAAUUCUAUUUGCUAUUGAAGUUUUUCUUUCCGAAAAUAAAAAGAAUGAUGUCUGGCAAAUCGAAGUGAUAUCCAUCUUAUUUCAGUUGUUUCUCGAACAAAAUUGUCUUGACAAGGAAUCGAUUAUGAAAUGGUAUAAUAAUGGUCAUAUUUAUAACGAAAUUUAUUAUAAACAAACAAAAGAUUAUGCUCGAGCAUUUGUUGAGCGAUUGAUUGACUUGGAUUAA